UAAAAGAAUAUAAUUCACAGGUUAAUGACAAGCUCUGGUUUUGGAAUUGGGGAAGGACAGCUAAUAUUUUUGAAGGCCUCUAUGUUUCAGGCACCAGGCUAGAUGAUUUACUUCUAUCAGCUGACUAUGAUUGAAUUUGUUUGGACUGGGUCAUUUAGAAACCAUUUCAAGUAGUUCUACUGUGAGCAUGGGUCACAGUAGAAUUCUACUGUGUAUCCAUGAUUGAGAAUUUCUGACAUACAAAACCCCAUUAAAUCUCGCAAAAAAUAUUCCAAAAUAGGCGAUAUGUUUAUUUUACAGUAAGGAAAUAGGUGCCCACAGACAUUAACUUUCCCAAGAUCACACAUCUUGUAAAGCCAAGUUUUCUGCCACUUUACCAAAAUGACAGGUUUCUUGAACAGAGGAGACAAUCACUCUUACCAAAUUAAGGGAGAUACUAAACCGAAAAGCAAGAAAGACUGAAGAUUCCUACUUAAUAAUCAAAUCCCCUUGGUUGACCUUGCUAUCCCCCGUGAAACUUUUCCAGCCAUAUCAGUCCUUGUUUGUUGAUCUCCUCACUUUAUUUCUACUACACGAGUAACUGACUAAUUUUGAUGGUAUUCAUACUUAUCCUUACCAUAUAUUUGUUUCUACAUUGGUCAAGUCCUCCUUGUACAUUUCCUAGUUGCCAACCUGGUGCCACAGCGGGCAAAUCAUGGGAACAGCCCUGGUUUUGGAGCCAGACCCACCUGAAUUGGCCUCCCGCAUGGACUUAGCUGUGUGGCCAUGAGACAAGGCAUUUUAUUCUUUGAAUUUCAGUUUUGUAAGCAUAAAAAGGGGAAAAUAAAACCCAUACUUUAGUAAGGUUUAGAAACACUACACUCAGUAAGUCAUAGCUAAGUCACCGUCACCAAUGGUAGCCAAGUGUGUGGUGCAGCAGGAAACACAUGGAAAGCAGUAAGUCACAUCAGACCUUUGGAGUCGAUUCCUUUACCGAACUCAAAUGCCCUCACAUUUAGGGAGAAAAAGAAAGAAUCAGGACUUAUGAAAUCGAGCUGGGGCUGGCACUUCUGUCCCUCCCAACACGUUUCCAGAAAGCUACUUACACACGAUGCACUCGCUAAACCACUGGAAAUCAUUCUACUUUAUACUUUUUUCCACCCUGCCUCACGUCCUUGCCCUAUGACCGGGUUCCUACCCCAACCUCUGCCCCAACACUUAGGGGAGGAGUUGCGGGCCUCUUUUUACAGUGGAUAGGAUUCCGAAGGGGAGAGUAAAUCAGUAAGGCUCCACCCAUUUCACAGGAGGCCUAGAGAGGGCGCUCCCCUUUCCCCUCCCGCCUGACCUGCCAGGAGGUGGGCUGGCGCAGAGGGAGGGCCCUGUCCCUUGUCCCUUUAAGGAGGAGGGCCACGCGCCGGCCGAGAGAGCGGCAUAGCCCCCACCCGCCGCGCCCUCACCCCAGAGCAGCUGCAGCCCCAGCCGCGGCCGCCCCUCCGCCAGCCGAGUCAGCAGCUCUGACCCCCGGCAGCAAGUCGCCACCAUGGUGAAGAUCGUGACAGUGAAGACCCAGGCGUACCCAGACCAGAAGCCGGGCACGAGCGGGCUGCGGAAGCGGGUGAAGGUGUUCCAGAGCAGCGCCAACUACGCGGAGAACUUUAUCCAGAGUAUCAUCUCCACCGUGGAGCCGGCGCAGCGGCAGGAGGCCACGCUGGUGGUGGGCGGGGACGGACGGUUCUACAUGAAGGAGGCCAUCCAGCUCAUCGCCCGCAUCGCCGCCGCCAACGGGAUUGGUCGCUUGGUUAUUGGACAGAAUGGAAUCCUCUCCACCCCUGCUGUAUCCUGCAUCAUUAGAAAAAUCAAAGCCAUUGGUGGGAUCAUUCUGACAGCCAGCCACAACCCAGGGGGCCCCAAUGGAGAUUUUGGAAUCAAAUUCAAUAUUUCUAAUGGAGGUCCUGCUCCAGAAGCAAUAACUGAUAAAAUUUUCCAAAUCAGCAAGACAAUUGAAGAAUAUGCAAUUUGCCCUGACCUGAAAGUAGACCUUGGUGUUCUCGGAAAGCAGCAGUUUGACUUGGAAAAUAAGUUCAAACCCUUCACAGUGGAAAUUGUGGAUUCGGUGGAAGCAUAUGCUACAAUGCUGAGAAACAUCUUUGAUUUCAGUGCACUGAAAGAACUACUUUCUGGGCCAAACCGACUGAAGAUCCGUAUUGAUGCUAUGCAUGGAGUUGUGGGACCGUAUGUAAAGAAGAUCCUCUGUGAAGAACUCGGUGCCCCUGCAAACUCAGCAGUUAACUGCGUUCCUCUGGAGGACUUUGGAGGCCACCACCCUGACCCCAACCUCACCUAUGCAGCUGACCUGGUGGAGACCAUGAAGUCAGGAGAGCAUGAUUUUGGGGCUGCCUUUGAUGGAGAUGGGGAUCGAAACAUGAUUCUGGGCAAGCAUGGGUUCUUUGUGAACCCUUCAGACUCUGUGGCUGUCAUUGCUGCCAACAUCUUCAGCAUUCCGUAUUUCCAGCAGACCGGGGUCCGUGGCUUUGCACGGAGCAUGCCCACGAGUGGUGCCCUGGACCGGGUGGCUAAUGCUACAAAGAUCGCUUUGUAUGAGACCCCAACUGGCUGGAAGUUUUUUGGGAAUUUGAUGGAUGCGAGCAAACUGUCCCUUUGUGGGGAGGAGAGCUUCGGGACUGGUUCUGACCACAUCCGUGAGAAAGAUGGACUGUGGGCUGUCCUUGCCUGGCUCUCCAUCCUAGCCACCCGCAAGCAGAGUGUGGAGGACAUUCUCAAAGAUCAUUGGCAAAAGUAUGGCCGGAAUUUCUUCACCAGGUAUGAUUACGAGGAGGUGGAAGCUGAGGGUGCAAACAAAAUGAUGAAGGACUUGGAGGCCCUGAUGUUUGAUCGCUCCUUUGUGGGGAAGCAGUUCUCAGCAAAUGACAAAGUUUACACCGUGGAGAAGGCCGAUAACUUUGAAUACAGUGACCCCGUGGAUGGAAGCAUUUCAAGAAAUCAGGGCUUGCGGCUCAUUUUCACAGAUGGUUCUCGAAUCAUCUUCCGACUGAGCGGCACUGGGAGUGCAGGGGCCACCAUUCGGCUGUACAUUGAUAGCUAUGAGAAGGAUGUUGCCAAGAUUAACCAGGACCCUCAGUCUCUACCUGUGCUGCUCGCUCCAAGAACAAGGAUGGUGGCAGGAGUUGUGUCUCAGGAAUUACUUCAUAGCAAUGCAAAAUGGACGAACACAGAAGUGAACACCCCACAUUUCUUUGGGGCCUACUCUUCAGCAAGCUCCCUAGCAUGAUGAGAAGGCCUCCAACGGUCUGCUGGACCCAUUUCUCCAUCUUCUAUCAGCUCAAGCUCCCUUGAGAGGCUUGGAUAGGGGGCACCAGUGAACCUGUGAGGAGAGCAGCUUAGGCCCUGCAGUAGGGGAGGGCAGAGAGUGAGGGGGUUGAGGCAAGCAGGAGAGGAAAGUGCUGGCAUUCCUAGGAGGUAGGGCAGAGACACUGGGAACCCCAGGCUAGGUGUCAGAUUCCCAAGAUGUGGUGGUUUUGUAUUUACAUCCCUGUGUGGGCAGGGCAGGGGGCCAGGGACUCAGACAGUGAAGCUUCAGGCUGACUGUCACAGGUGCAACACUGGCAAGCCGGGGCUGGUAGCUUGGUUUUUCCAAGGGAUCAAGGGCACGAUGGACUAUCUAGAGGUUUUGUGCUCUUUUUUGUGACAAAGUGACUAAGACCUCCAGCCUGCCCAAGCCUCAGGUCAGCGAAGGUAAGAGUAGGUGUGGGGUGUGUGGUGUGGAAAGGCCUGCUCCUAUCAGAUGAGGAUGCUUCUCCUGUUGAGAGGGCUUGUGUGUGACUGGGGCCAUGGAGCUGCCCAGAGAUGAGUGACCAGCACUGCUCUUCAAGCAGUUAAAGCAGCCUGCUCUCCCCAGCAGAAAUGAACAUGAAACCUCCAGACAUCAGACCCUGCACUACCUCCUGCCUCCAGGAUAUCCCAAGAGGCCCCGGGGGCAUCAUCUCUGACCUCAAGAACAGAGUUUAAUUUUGGGUGUUUUUCAGUUGUCUUUAUCUUUUCUAAUGCUGGAAAUAUAAGCUGUUCAUACUAUUUGGUGAAAAUGGGGAAAAGAUUGUGUCUACCACAAUGACUACCACAGUGGAAAAGAGCACGGUGUCUGACUUGUAGUUGCUGCUCAAUAAAUAUUUAUUGAAUGGCUGAAUGAAGCUCAGACAGGGAAAAAGACUUGAAGGAAAAAAGUCCCUCUAAAACGUUGUUAUUGGUUGGUGGUAGGAUUAGUGGUGAUUUUUUACAUCUUCUCUAGCGUCUGGAGUUUUGUAUUGUGGUAAUAAGAUUAUUAUAAUAACAGGUAAUUAUGACCAAAAGGAAAUUAGAGCCAAAAUUAAGUGGUCAUUUUCAUAUGAAGCACAGGCCUGCUUGCAGCAUCAGCAGUUCAGCUGUGGGAACCAAGGCCUGUUGAGGGGACACAUUUUUACAUCUAUUUCAGGUCAUGUAUUUCCACCUCUGCUCUUCCUCUUCAAAAAGAAGGAAAUCUAUCUCUACUCCAAGUGAACACAUGCUGACCUUCUUCCUCCCUAAACUAGUGCCUCGUCUAAAAUCCUGCCGAGAUUCUAGAGCGGCAAGGUUUUAUAGUGGUUAAGGGGCUUUAGGAUAGACACAUCAUCUGGGUGCCUUAUAAUGUACUGCUAAUUCUGAAAAAAAAUUUCCUCAUGGUAUAUAUUUUUUCCAAAAAGCAUUUUCUCCUUAUUUUAACACCACAUUGCAACCUAAAGUUGGCAGUAAACAGUCUGUCCCUUUACUGUGAACUAGCACAGUCCUAAAGAUUGUCCAACCAAGAACAGAUUAGAUUGGGGGAAACUCACUCCCAGGCCUCCCUGUUCUUUUAUGAGGAGUUCAUCCUAAAAUAUUUACCCAUUGUCUUCCAACCCCAUAACCCCCUAGGCUAAAGUGAAGCCUGCUAAGGGAGCUGUGGUCAUUUGAGGAUUAGGCCAGAAGAGCUGGCUCCUGUGCUAUCGGGUGACAAGAUUCAGAGACAAGAUAGAAGCACCUUCCUCAUCUCCUGAGACCUAGUCGCCAACUCUACAGGAAAGUUACGGUUGCUAUGGUGACAGGCUACAUAAGGCACACUGUCAGCAGAAGUGCCAUUUUAAAAAUAACUCCACCUUUUCUUUCUGCUUUUCUUUCCUUUUCGUUUUGAGACAGGAUCUAGCUCUGC